GUCAUUAUUGCCAACUUUUAAUCGUCACCCGCGGCCAGCAUCCAGACGUUGGCUGUUUUUCAUCGCUGCCCAUCGAACGCGCGCCGCCGAGAACAGGUCAUCGGGCCGGGUCGGCCUAUUUGCGGACACCCAGAACACUGCGCUGAUGAGCCUAUGAGUGAACGUGACACGAAAUCCAGUUUGCAACACUGCAGUCGUGGUUGCGGCCUUGGGUCUACUAAACCGUAGUAUAACCACCAUCAGAUUGUCACUAUACACGUUUCAGUUUGUUGCCGCCAUAAUAACUAGAGCAAGCCAUGGAUCCCGCCGGUCAAUUGUUUAAUUGUCCACGCCGACUAAAUUUUGGACGGGAAGGCCGGUCAAUCGCACUUCGUUCGAAUCAUUUUAAAAUAUCAUUGCCACAAGGUUUUUUACACCAUUAUGGAAUUGAAAUUACACCAGAUUUAUGUUCACGAGUGCUUAAUCGUGAAAUUAUUCAAAGUAUGGUAUCGGCAUUUAAAGGCAUUUUUGGUUGUCUUCGACCAGUAUUUGAUGGUCAGAAAAACUUGUAUACAAGGGAUCCACUGCCUAUCAGUGAAAAUAAAAUAGAAUUAGAAGUUACACUGGCAACGGGAGGAAAUUGUAGAAUAUUCCAUGUCCGUGUCACGUGGUUAGAAAAAGUUUCAUUUAUUGCUUUGGAAGAAACACUAGAAGGCCGCACAAGACAGAUACCAUACAACACAAUUUUGGCAUUGGAUGUAAUCAUGAAACAUCUUCCAUCAAUGACUUGCACAUCUGUUGGCCGAUCAUUUUUUUCCCGUCCUGAUGGAUAUCGCAAUUUAUUAGGUGAUGAUAAAGAAGUUUGGCAUGGUUUUCACCAGUCUAUCAAACCAACUCAAUGGAAAAUGAUGCUUAACAUUGAUGUGUCAGCAUCACCUUUUUACAAAGCACAGCCCGUGUUAGAUUUCAUGUUCAAAAUAUUGAAUAUAAGUGAUAUUAGUGGUCAACGACAAACAUUAUCAGUUGCACAAAGAAUUAAAUUUACAAAUGAAAUUAAAGGUCUUAAAGUAGAGGUUACACAUUGUGGAGAAAUUCGAAGAAAAUAUAAAGUUAUUGAUGUCACCAGAAAAUCAGCUCAAUUUCAAACUUUUCCAUUGCAAUUGGAAAAUGAUCUGACGGUAGAAUGCACAGUAGCUAAAUAUUUUUUAGAAAGAUACAAGAGGAAACUAUUGUAUUCACAUUUACCAUGUCUUCAUGUCGGAGAUGAACAUAAACAAACAUAUCUUCCUAUUGAGGUCUGUAACUUGUUUGCGGGUCAAAGAUGUUUCAAAAAAUUAACCGAAUUAGAAACAUCAUCUAUGAUGAAGCAGACUUUACGAUAUGCUCCUGAUCGUGAGCAACAGAUUAAUUCUUUAAUUCGUGAAGCUAAUUUGAAUAACAAUUCAUAUUUACAAGAAUUUGGUCUUACUGUAUCAAAUAGCAUGACGGAAGUGCGUGGUCGUGUUUUACCACCACCAAAAUUGCAAUAUGGUGAAGGAACUCUACCUAUUCAGGAAAAAUCAAAGAUCAUGAAGCAAGUAUUACCCCAACAUGGAGCUUGGGAUAUGAAAGGCAAAAAGUUUUUUAUAGGUAUUCAAAUUAGUGUUUGGGCAAUAGCUUGUUUCGCGCCCCGGAAUGUUCUUCCCGAAGAAGUGCUAAGACUAUUUAUAACACGACUCCGACAGAUGAGUAUCGAUGCUGGCAUGCCAAUAGUUGAUCAACCACGUUUUUGUAAUUAUGCCACAAAUCUUGACCAAGUAGAACCUAUGUUCAAUUAUUUAAAAUCAAAAUUCAUUGGAUUACAACUCAUAGUUAUUAUUUUACCAGGAAAAACUCCAGUAUAUGCUGAAGUCAAAAGAGUUGGAGACAGUGUUCUAGGAAUACCUACACAAUGUGUUGAAGCUAGAACUGUUAAUAAACCAUCUACUCCAAUAUUGUCCAACUUGUGUUUAAAAAUUAAUGUGAAAUUAGGUGGUAUCAACAAUAUUCUUGUACCAAGUAUCCGACCUAAAGUAUUCAAUGAACCUCUAUUAAUAUUGGGUGCAUAUGUGAGUCGCCCAACUAUAGGUGACAUUAGCAAAUUAUCUAUUGCAGCAGUAGUUGGAUCUAUGGAUGCUCAUCCCAUUCGUUAUGCCUCUGCUAUACGUCAUCAACCAAACAGACAAGAAGAAAUUCAAGAGCUAUGUUCUAUGGUCAAAGAACAACUAAUCAUGUUUUACAAGUGUACUGGAGGUUUUAAACCACAUAGAAUAAUAUUAUACCGUGAUGGAGUAUCCAAAGGACAGUUUUCUCGUGUCCUAUUACACGAACUUACAGCCAUUCGAGAGGCAUGUAUGAAGGUAGAAAGUGAUUACAAACCAGGAAUCACUUAUAUUAUUGUUCAAAAACAUCAUCACACUAAACUUUUUUCUGUCGAUAAAAAAGAUCAAUUUGGAAAAUCUGGAAACAUUCCAGCUGGUACAGUAGUUGAUGUUGGAAUAACACAUCCUACAGAAUUCGAUUUUUACCUUUGUAGUCAUCAAGGAAUUCAUGGAACAAGUCGGCCAAGCCACUAUCAUGUUUUAUGGGACGACAACCAUUUCGAGUCGGAUGAAUUGCAAAGCUUAACAUACCAAUUAUGUUAUACUUAUGUCAGAUGUACACGUUCUGUAUCUAUACCGGCUCCUGUCUAUUAUGCUCACUUAGUUGUAUCUAGGUUUAAACGUCAGAUCAUGGAUGAUGAACAUGACAAUGUUGAAGAAUCAUAUACAUCUGGCCGUGAAGAUCAAACAUCAGAUGUAAUGAGACAUGCUAACGCAGUGCAUGCUAACAUAAAAAAAUUUAUGUAUUUUACAUAAUUAAUUUUUUUUCCGGCACGGUGGGAUACCAUAUGUCCCACCUAAAAAUUUACAUUUCCGUCACGGUGGUACGAAAAAUAACCCACCUUUUAUAUUAAUUGUUAUUGAUAGUUCAAAAUUAUUUUUCACCAAUAUGUAUUAUAAAUAGUGUUAUUAGUUUAUUUAAAAUGUUAUUUUCUAAAAUUAAAACAGAAAUUAAUUAAUUUCAUGUUAUUUAUGACUAUUCCCCCGAUUUUUUUUUCGACAACCAGCCAAUUAUUAUUAUUUGUUCCUACAAUUUUCGUAUUUGAGUUAUUAAUAUAAAUAUUAUUUGUACAUAAUAUGUUAGAGACUAUUGUAUAUUAGCAUUCUGUGCAGACAAAACCAUUUUACCGAUAGCGGUUAGUCAGGAAUAACGUAAAACGUAAUAGUCCAAAUUUU